GUAUAUAUUUUGCCGCGACAGCCGCGUUGCGUUUCAUUCAUUUGUGAAGUACAUAGUGUGAACUUGUGAGUUGUGUUGUGUGUGGAAAUUGUGGAUAUUUUUGAACUUUCAUCUAGUUUUAGUGGAUUUUAAUAAGAACAGUUCUUGUAAUUAUACACAAUGGGAAAGGAUUAUUACAAAAUACUAGGAAUAGCGAAAGGCGCGACAGACGACGAGAUCAAAAAGGCGUAUCGGAAAUUGGCACUAAAAUAUCACCCGGAUAAGAAUAAAGCCGCCGGGGCGGAGGAGCGUUUCAAAGAGGUAGCGGAAGCGUACGAAGUGCUUUCUGAUAAGAAAAAGAGGGAAAUAUACGAUACACAUGGAGAAGAAGGCUUGAAGGGAGGUAUGGGCGGUCAGAACGGACCGGGUGGCGGCCAGUCCUUCUCAUACUCCUACCACGGGGACCCGAGAGCGACCUUCGCGCAGUUCUUCGGCUCGGCGAGUCCGUUCCAAGCGUUCUUCGACCUCAACGGCGGCUCGGGAGGCACCACCAUGUUCUUCGACCGCGACAUGGACGUGGAUAUGGACCCGUUCGCCAACAUGGGCAUGGGACAGGCCAGGCCCGGCGGCCCGGGCGGCGCGUUCAGGAGCCACAGCUUUAACUUCCACGGAUCACCCAACAGGAAGGAGAAAACUCAAGACCCGCCCAUAGAGCACGAUUUGUACGUUUCCAUAGAGGACAUCGCACGGGGAUGCGUCAAGAAGAUGAAGAUCUCCCGUCGCGUCAUCCAACCAGAUGGCACGUCGAAAAAAGAAGACAAAGUCCUCACCAUCCAUGUUAAACCUGGUUGGAAGGCAGGAACGAAGAUCACCUUCCAGAAGGAAGGAGACCAGGGCAGAAAUAAGAUCCCGGCAGACAUUGUGUUCAUCAUCAGGGAUAAGCCCAACCCGCUGUUCAAGAGGGAAGGCUCUGACAUUCGAUACACGGCCAAGAUAUCACUCAAACAGGCACUCUGUGGCACCAUCAUCGAAGUACCAACAAUGACAGGUGAGAAGAUUACAGUCAACCUUCAAGGAGAAAUCGUCAAACCCUACACCGUUAAGAGAUUCCCAGGCUACGGGCUGCCGUUCCCCAAGGAACCUACGCGGAAGGGUGACCUGCUAGUGGCAUUUGACAUUAAGUUCCCCGACCGACUUAGUACAGGUGUCAAAGAGAUACUUAUGGACACUUUACCUAAUUAGUUUACAUACAUUUGAAGACUCGGGUACCUCAUUGGCAACUCUUAAGAAGUUCCCUGGCUACGGGCUACCGUUCCCUAAGGAACCUCACCUAGGUAGGAACCUACGCGGAAGGGUGACCUGCUAGUGGCAUUUGACAUUAAAUUCCCUGACGGACUUAGUACAGGUGUUAAAGAGAUACUUAUGGACAUUUUACCUAAUUAGUUUACAUUUGAAGACUAUCAGGUACCUCAUUAGCAACUUGGGGCUUAUUCACUGUCUGUCCAAUACUAAGAACUGUUUGAGGGCACCUCAAAUAUUGAGUGAAGAUUUUUGAUGCCAAAAUUUAAGGUGCCCUUAUAUUUUAAGCAGCUGUCAGUAUUGACUGAUUUGGCAUUCAAAUAAUAAUCAUGUGUAUAAUGCAUCAAUUUUUAGAAUUCUCUUGUCGUAUUUUGCUCUGUCAAAUGUCAUGUCAAAACUAUGGUUCAUCCUUGAGGUCUAAAAUAGUACUUUUGACAUGAUAGUUGACUGAGAGCAAAUUUGGCAAGGGAGUUCUCAAAAGAAUGCACUAUAAAACACAUUGAUAUAAAAAAAACCCUUCCCAACUUGGAAUGUUUCUAAAGAUUGUACAUAAUUUACCAUUGAAUGAAUGAAAUAAAUGUAUUAUUUCACACAUGCUUAUGUUUUGAAUGUCAUGGUGAAUAACACCCCAAGGAGUAUGGAAAAUGCUCAAAAAUGUUAAUGGGACAUUCCUAUAGGUUUCAAUAUUUAAAUGCUUACUCAUAUUAUUAUGUUUGUGAGUUUAGUUGGGCAGACUUGUCUGUCUGUCGUGACUUUUUAAGGCCUCCCUAGACGAUCAAGCAUGCUUGACGGCAAGCAUUUGUAUAAAUUCUUGACUAGACAAGUCUAAAUGACCAAGUCAUUUGACAAUUAUUUAGCUAUUGAAAACAAUGCCUGUCAAGCAAUUUUGAUUGUAAACAAGUAACUACAAGAGAAAUUCUCACAAUUAUUAAUAGAAAUGAUUUUUUUUUUCUUGUUUGGACUUUCUAAAGGCAUCUACAGACUUGCCAACUAGGUAACUUCCAAUAAUUCCAUCUUUUAGUACUGGGCCCAAGUUAUUCCCAAGUCCAUAUAGGUUGAUUAAAUCUGUUGGACACUGCCUUACUGAGUUGGGUAUGUGUUUACAGCUGUGUUGGUGGCACAUCUGUAGAAGGCCUGAAAGUUGUAUUUAAUUUAGUUAAUGUGUGCGUGAGUGUUUUCUAUCCGUUUUAGAAUAGGAAGCAGUGAGGUUGUGACUUACUGUUAACUGUAUUAUUUAAUUUUUGUAAAUUGUAAAUAUUUUGUAAAUGUAAAUAUUUGAUUGAUUGUGCAGUGAUUGUAAGUUUUAGGUUUUGUAAAUUUUUUUGACUGAUUCUGCAAUAAAGUAAAUAAUUAAAAUGGUGACAUGUUUUUAGUUGCUUUAUCAGUGAUGGGGCGUUACUGCAUGUCUCAAGUCCACCAUGUUUGCAUAGUUAAGUUUGAAUUGAAUCUAGUAGGCUGGACAGUGUGUAUGUGAUUUAAAUACAUACUUUUAAAUUGGAUGGUAGAUUUAAACGUGUAUAGCGCCCCCAAUGUAAACAAAUUCAUAAUAAUAUAUUCGUAAUAUAUUAGUGGUAAUAGUAAUAUUUAUUAAGCUUAAACAUUAUAGUAAAUGCUUAGUAGACUCCAAUCUUGACUGCCGUUUCUUUGGUGACAAAAGAAAAACUUAUUACUUAUAAUUACUGUGAAAAUAAACAUAAUUAAACAUUU